AUGUCCUCUCCAAUUAUUGGUAUUUCUUUCGGUAACACUUCAUCUUCUAUCGCUUAUAUUAACCCAAAAAACGAUGUCGAUGUGAUUGCUAACCCAGAUGGUGAACGUUCUAUCCCAUCUGUGCUAUCAUACGUUGGUGAAGAUGAAUACCAUGGUGGUCAAGCUCUACAACAGUUAGUCAGAAAAACCCUAAAAACACUAAUUGUCAAUUUCCGUGAUUUCAUUGGUUUACCAUUUUCUGAAUGUGAUGCUUCUAGAUGUGAAAGCGGUGCUCAGUUGUGGAUGUCAAGUGGUAAGGCUGGUUUCGUUAUCUCCAGAGGUGAAGGUAAGGAAGAAACUAUCUCCGUUGAUGAAGUUGUUUCUAGACAUUUAAACCGACUGAAAUUAGCUGCCGAAGAUUACAUUGGUACUACUAUCUCUCAAGCAGUUUUAACAGUUCCAACUAACUUUACCGAUGAACAAAAGGCUGCUUUAAAGGCUUCAGCUGCCGCCGUUGGAUUAAACAUUGUUCAAUUUAUCAAUGAACCAUCUUCUUCUCUUUUAGCUCAUGUUGAACAAUACAAAUUUGAAGACGAUGUCAACGUUGUUGUUGCUGAUUUUGGUGGUGUCAGAUCCGAUGCUGCUGUAAUUGCUAUCCGUGGUGGUAUCUUUACCAUUUUAGCAACUGAACAUGAUAAAAAAUUAGGUGGUGAAAACUUGGAUGCUGAAUUAGUCGAGUACUUUGCCCAAGACUUCCAAAAGAAAAACCAAGCCAACCCAAGAAAGAAUGCUAGAUCUUUGGCUAAAUUAAAGGCCAAUGCUUCUAUCACUAAGAAGACUUUAUCUAAUGCUACUUCUGCUACUAUCUCUAUUGAUUCUCUAGCAGAUGGUUUCGAUUACCAUUUCUCCAUCAACAGAAUGAGAUAUGAAUUAGUCACCAACAAGGUUUUCAGUAAAUUUUCUGCCUUCAUUGAAUCUGUCAUCGCUAAAGCCGGUUUAGACUUAUUAGAUAUCAAUGCUGUUUUAUUAACCGGUGGUGUCGCAUUCACUCCAAAGUUAUCUUCUAACCUAGAAUUUUUAUUUCCGGAAUCUGUUGAAAUUUUAGGCCCUCAAAACGCCAACGCAACUAACUAUCCAAAUGAAUUAUCAUCUUCUGGUGCUGCUCUACAAGCUGGACUAUUAAGCGCAUACGACGCCGAUGAACUAGCUGAAGCUUUACAACCAAUUGUCAUCAACACUCCACAUUUACCAAAAGCUAUCGGUUUAGCUGGUGCCAAUGGAGAUUUCUUACCAGUCUUCUUACCAGAAACCUCAUUCCCAGUUCAAAAGAAAGUUGUCUUAAAGGCUGCCACUGGUGACUUGUUAGUUGGCGUGUAUGAAGGUGAGUCUUUCAUUGAAGAGAAGACCGUUGAACCAACCCCAGUUGAACAAGAUGAAGAUGACAGUGAAGAAUGGUCUGAUGAAGAACCAGAAGUUGUCAGAGAAAAACAUUAUAAAUUAGGUAACAAAUUGAUAGAAUUAGGUGUCAAAGGUGUCAGUAAAGGUGUCGAAAUCAUUUUCAACAUCGACAAAGACGGUAAAUUAAGAGUUGUUGCCAAGGACUUAAAAUCGGGUUCUACUGUCAAGGGUGAAUUAUAA